AUGCGCCAUUCGAAGCUUCACGGGUGCAUCCGCUUCUCCGGCCCCGCCCCCGGGCCUUUUGUCCCCCUAACCCACACGGAGCAUCCCCGACUCCUCCUCCACGGCAUUAUGGACGGCACUCCUCCGCUGAAGCGGUCAUCCCACGAUGCUGGACUGGAGUCGCCUCGGUCAGGCAAUCGCUCCACAGAGCCACGGUCCGCUCCGAGGAUCUCCAAGGCCCGCGCGUGCGCGGAGUGUAAACGCCAUAAAAUCCGGUGCGAGUUUCGCCCAGGAGAAUCUAACUGCACCAAGUGUAUUCGCAGCGGCAUCAAAUGUGUGGUGAACGACUUUUCGCAAAAAUUUGUUGAUGAUGAUGGGGCAUGGAAAUCACAGGCUGCUGCCACUAUUCAACAGCUUCAGGCAGCUGUCUCGCACAUUUUGGGGCAAGGUGGACUACCGGAACUCUCGACUUUCUCGGCCGGCGACAGUCGCAAUGGCCCGAGCCCUGCCGCCUCUCAUCAUGGCCAUCGCCCGUCUGUCGAUGGGUCGCAGACACACCCCAGUCACCAUGAGGGCCCGGGGGUAGUGAUGGACAUCACUCGCGAGCCAUCUCAAGAACCCGACCUCCAGGACCCAGAGUUGGUGCCGGCGCCCAUGCGCAGUCUAUACGAGGUUACCAAGUUGCGCAAUCUGCGGAACAACCACAUCGAGGCACCGAGGCAGACACUACUGGAAGAGGACUUCAUCUCGCGGGGUUUAAUAUCGUUGCAUGAGGCGGAGGAGCUGUUUGCCUACUUCAGUCGCACGAUGAACCAGCUGCUGUGGGGUGGGAUCAUUCUCGUGCACCGCGAUCUGACCUCGGUCCGUCGCGCAUCGACUCUUCUCUCGGCUGCCGUUCUGACCGUUGCGGCACUUCAUAUUCCUAACCGUACCGAGACCUUAAAUCGGUGCUAUGGCGAAUACGUAUCGCUCGUGUCAAGUAUGGCCCUCACCCGCGCCCACACGCUCGACGAUGUUCGCGGUCUCUGUGUGGGGGCAUUCUGGCUGUCCGAGUUGAGUUGGAAGCUUUCUGGACACGCGGUGCGGAUUGCCACUGAACUGGGUCUCCAUCAGAGCUAUCAACGACUGACUCGCGGGCACACCGAUCAAUAUGCGCGCGCGCAGCUUUGGUAUCUAUUGUAUGUAUGUGAUCACCAUUUCAGCAUCGCGUAUGGGCGGCCACCCGUGAUUCAUGAGGAUGUGGCGAUCCGCAACUACGAGACUUUUCUGGGGUUGCCAAUGGUGGUACCGGGAGAUAUCCGGCUGUUGGCUCAAGUUGCCUUGUUCAUGCUCCUCACCGAAGCAUACCGCAUGUUCGGCAGCGACACCGAACAAGCGCUGACCGAGGAAGACUUUGGACAGUUACGAGUGUACAAUGUCGCGGUGGACCAAUGGCGACUACUGUGGCAACCUCGAUCUGCCGACAGUCCAUAUGUGCGGACCUAUCCGUCCAAGGGUGUAGUGCUGCACUACCAUUUCGCCAAAUUCCAGCUCAACUCGCUCUCGCUCCGUGCCAUCUCACCAUCCAACACUCCAGUGUUUUCCAUGGACCGCAAAGAAUCAGCCAACAUCGCCAUUUCGUCAGCCAUGGCAUGUCUCAACAUGGUGCUUGAAGAACAGGAUAUCCGAGAUGCGAUCGUCGGUGUCCCGAUCUUCACCCACACUAUGGUCACGUUCUCUGCUGUGUUCUUGCUAAAAGUCGCCAUCAACUGGAACUCGGCCUACCUCAGUAUCAACGCGCGCCAGGUGCGCCGCCUGGUCGAGCGUGUCAUUGAUCUCAUGAACUGCGUGUCAGCCGGCGAGCGGCAUCUCACCCGACACAUUGCGCGCGGGUUGGGCAAGAUGCUCGAGCGCUUUGACUCGUGGGAGGCUUCGUGGCAAGUCGGCGCGUCCAACGGAGGCGCCGUCGAUGGGAGCGAAGUCCCCGGCGGAGCAAAUGCCAUGGCGCAAGGGUUCCCACCGCCGGACCUGAUCUACGACAUGGUCGGCACGUAUGGGUUCGGGCUGGAUGAAAACCUGCUGGAUCCGAGCAUGGCCAACUUUGAGUAUUUGGCACAAUGA